AUGUCUACAUUGCCUAAUGAUUACAUUGUCUAUUUGUUAGAUAGUGAUUUUAAUAUUGGGCAUAUAGUUGAUCCUGAUACUUUUAAGCAAGCCUUGACAUGUCCUGAGUCAGAUAAAUGGUUAAGUGCCAUGGAAGAUGAAAUGAAUUCAAUGGGAAAUAAUCGAGUCUGGGAACAUGUUGAACUUCCUCAAGAUGCUAAGGCCAUAGACAACAAAUGGAUUUUCAAAAAUCUUUAUGAAGAGGUUUAUAUGAGACAACCUAAAGGUUUUAUUGUGAAGGGAAAAGAAAACUUGUGUGUACCUGGUGAUGUACCCAUCAUAAAAGGAGAUAAGUUUAACAAAACUCAAUGUCCUAGGAAUAAGCUCGAAAGGGAAUCUGUAAAGAACAUACCAUAUGCUAGUGCUGUGGGGAGUUUGAUGUAUGCUCAAGUUUGCAAUAGACCAGGUAUUGCCUAUGCAGUUAGUGUUCUUAGUAGGUUUCAGUUGAAUCCAGGGCACGAGUAUUGGAAAGCAACAAAGAAAGUUAUGAGAUACUUGAAGAAAGCUGAAGGUUACAUGCUCACUUUCUAG